UUUUUGAACCAUACGAAUCCUAUAAUACCUGAUAAUCAAUUCAGUGGCAUCAUAUAUGAGGCUUUAGAGGAAUCAGAGUUAUCACCAUCAGUUAUACUGAUCAAUAAAGAUUUCCAAUCAAAACCACCCAAACCCCUAUUUCUACCGGCAUACCCCAGCUAUAUAUUGCCAGGAGAUUCGCCGCAAAAACUAAAAUCUAUUCUCGAACAAUUAAAGUCAUCGCAAUGGUGGAGUAUAGAAUCCAUUUUCAUUGCGGUGGAUUUGGGAACAAACUCGUGUAAAAAUGCCCAAACAUCUCUUCAAGUCUUAUGGGAAAUGAAUUUAUUAUCUUCAUUUUACUUGUGUACCAAAAAUGAUUUGAUGAUUUACAUGUUCAACCCUUUCACCAAUAGAGCACCGAAACCAUGGACAGAAGUGAAAAUUGGGAACAAGGAAUCUGAUGAUCCAUGGACACUUUACAGUCAACCAUACUCGGAAGAUCACGAAUAUUGUGAGAGUUUGUUUUUCGACAAAACGAAGAAACUUGAUGGCUACAAUAUAAACGCUGUUGCAAACUCCACAACACAUAGAGAAUUGAACCCUAAAAAAGUAUAUAAUACAACGACAAUGCGAGGCAGAUUCAGCCCGUAUCUAACCAACAUAUUUACAACAAUUUUUUCACACAUAAAUGUAACACCGCUUAUUUAUUUCGAUUUGCUGGGUGCUCCAGUACCCGCUAAAGAGAUAGGUUACGUAAAAGGUUUAAUAGACGGUUCAUACGAUAUUGCUUUAAGCGGUCAUACUGCGGGGGCCAAUUACAAUGUCUCACAUGCGUAUCCAGCAAUUGAUUUAGAGCUUGUGAUAUUGACACAACAUCGUCAAUUUCUGACUACCUUUGAAAAAAUUUGUCGCUUUUACAGUAUGGGUGUUAUAUUACUGUCCAGUCUCGUUCUUGUAAUGACAUCACUUUUGAUAACUAUUUAUUACAAGAAAAAUUUCGUAGAAGCUUCUGCAGAAGUUCUAAAAAUGGCUCUCAGCGCAAGUACAGAUAUACCGUUAAUUACUUUUCCAAUCAGAAUAUACUUUUUCGGCGUUUUAUUACUGAUAUUGAUUAUCAAUGCAACAUUUCAAGGCCAUUUGGCUGCAUUCUUAACGCAACCUGAACGCAUAACUGUUGAUAGUCUUUCUGACUUACAGGAAUUAGAAUAUAAAAUUUAUUUACAACGGUCAGCUUUUAAAUUGACUGAUGGUUGGUCUAAAUUUUUACGGGACAAAACGCAUACUGCCGAUACUACUAUUGAUUGCAUGCAGCAUGCUCUUGAUGAUCCGAAUGCAGGCUGUGUUGCAGCUAUUCCACGUUUAUUACAAGCCGCAGAUAGAAACCUUACAUUGCACGUUUCCCCGGUUGUAGCUCGUCCACUUGUAAUUUUUUUAGAACGAUACGAUUGGCCACUGAAAAAAGUAGUUGAUAUCGAUAUACGUAGGCUUUUGGAAACUGGAGUAACUAAUUUUUGGGAUCGUAAAGAGUUCUUAGAACCGCUGAAAAAAUUGCAUUUGAAAGAAUCUUUUUUGACUGAAGCGCAAUAUCGUCCAAUCGAAUUUAAAGAUAUCGACUUUGCUUUUAUUAUAUUAGGAAUUUGUUUGUUGUUCACCAUAAUUGUUUCCAUUUUCGAAUUCUACUACGGUUAUUACAUUUAUUGCGAUUAGUUGUUGAUAUUUAUCUGGGAUUGCGUGAAUUUUUAACCUUCGAGAGUAACACAAAAUCUUGAACGUGUUUACAUGAUACAUUAUGUAUUUGUUUGUAGUUAGUAGGCAAUAAAAUAAAGCUAUUAGGUUGUUCAGCUUGAAAUUAGCUUACACUUUGAACUUAUUUGUAACCUGAACAACCUACCACUUAAUAAUUUUUUAAGCAUGAAUUCAAGCUGAACAGAUUGAUAUGACUGCACGGAAAAUACGAAUUUCGUUCUGAUAACAAAAGACGGGAUAACGAAAGAUUUUGUUAUAAUGACAAACAUGAUUAGCUUACGGUAAUAAAUCAAUUUAUUAUAGUAACAAAUGAAUUAGUGUCGUAAUUAAGAAGUCGAUUUGUUAUGAGAACACAUGAUGUUUAUUAUAAUAAUAUCCCAGAGAGGAAAGUACCACGGGCCCAAGCUUGGCCCAGACUUGGCCCAACUUUGUAGAACCUUGGGCCAGGCUUGUAAGCCAGUCUUGGCCCAGCUUUGGUAGAAGCCUGGAAUGAUAAUCUCGGGCCAAGCCUGGUUGCCACACCUGGCCCAUGCUUGGUUACCAGACCUGGCCCAUGCUUGGUUGCCAGACCUGGCCCAGGCUUCCAGGAAACGAAUAAAUUUAAUUAAAAAAAAUUUAUUAUUAUUAACCUCGUAGAAUUCAUGAUCAUUAACGUUUUAAUUAUUUAAGGGAGGUAAAUGAUGUGAAAAAAACUCGGUGGAAAUUCUGCUGGACUCUGGGCGCGAACUGCCGUCCUUCUGAUUACUGGGUCCGAACGGUAGCUACUGGACGAACCUACUAACGUUGAACUGGUACAUUUAUAUGAUCUACUUGUAUAAACCAUGGGUA